UGUAUAUAAUAAAAUAAAAAUUUAAAUAUGAAAUUAAAUGAAGAUUGAUAACCUACUUCAUGGGUACCCAUUUCACUAGCUACUACAUGGGUACUCAUUUCACUAGCUACUAGACGAGUACCCAUAUCACUAGUUCGGGGGUGAACGAUGUGGUGUCACUGGUCCCCAUGUCGUAGGACAUUGCGGGUAAAAAUGGAAAUGAUGAAAAGCAUUGUUAAGGGUUAGUAAAGAAAGUACCCCUGGUCUGUUAGGGAGUGGUGAUAUCACCACCUCCGAACUAGUUCCCAGUACUGCUGGGAUUGUUUUUUGUCCAGUAUGUAUGUGUGCAUGCAAUAAAGCAAAGCAAAUAUGCGAAAACAUAACGGUACGGUUUGGUACAGACUUCUCGUUUGUCAAAUGUGAGUGGUUAAAGUGAAUGAAGAAGAAGAAGAAGUAAAAAUGUCGUUCAAUAUUAAUUUUAAUUGUGGCCCCCCCCCGGUCGGCCAAAAUGUAUAUAAAAUUGGAGAAUUGGAAGGGGAGAAGAACAUUAUUACAAAAGAAUCUAUACUGGAAUGUAUAAAUUCUCUGCCGAAGUGCGAAAAUUUGACUCUGCAGCAAAAGCCAGAAGUCGGUUGCCAGCAGACGGCCAAUGCUGAUGAUAGCUUUGAUUGCUCCAAUCUGACAGCAGCACAGUUGGAGCAGUUGGCCCUACUGACGGCCGCAGCCAACCCUGGGCAAUCCAGCGUCAGUUUGAUGGUGAUGAUUCCCGUCGAAAGUUUGUUGGACAUUGUUCAGGUACUGUCUGGCAUCGCGGCCCAGAUAGUAUCCAUGUCGUCAACCGUAUUAAAGGGGAAUUCCAGCAAGGGAACAACUUCCGAGGUGCCAAUCUGGGUGGAUGCAGGAGUGGGCGUGCCGCCCAGUGUCGGCAAGAUAGAUAUGGAGAUGUACCCGUCACCACAACAAGAAGAGCAUUAUUACCCCCAGCAUAUGGCGGCACAGGAGGACAAAUAUCAACAAUCGCCCGCAGACAAACCGAGUGUGGUGGUGCAGACACAAUCAAAAUCGACCCAUAAUCCGAGUUUUCGCAUCCUGGAACAUGUCAUAAUUCCAUCCCAGCAGCCGGGCAGCAUUGGCAGCCUCUGCAAACAAGAGCAACAGCAGAAGGCGACUACCGCUGGAGGCAGUGCCCAGUGCUACUGGCGCGUCGUUGCUGUUGGCUUGCGGUUCUCGUCGUUUCUCUUCUGCCGCUGCUGCGUCGAUGCUGUCGGCUUGCGGUUCUCGUCGUUUCGUUCUUUUCAUUGCCGUUGUUUUGUUGCUUGCUGACUUACGGUUCUCGGCGUUUUCGUCGUCUCUCGUUUGCCGCUGCUGCGUCGUUGUUGUUGGUUUACCGACCCUGAAAAGUCAGUGGCGUCUGCCGUGAAAAUAAAAGGCUACAUGGGGCUCAGAUACCCCUCGGGCCGUAUAAUAACAAAUUAAAAACAUGUAGCCUUUCCCCCCUCGCCCUUAACCUAAAACUGCAAAGUCAAUGCUUAAAUCUAGAGAACAAGGAAAGGUCAAAAUCUUAAUUAUAAUAAGGAAACGUAGCUUAGGAUCCCUCCAGUAGAAAAAUGACGGCGAAAUGAUGGGCGAAAAAAAUGUGGGUGGAGC